ACGGGAGGAGAGGCGGGGCGAUCAGUGGCUGACGGCCGGGAGGAAGCCGGGUUGUGACACGUGCGGGAGAAAUGAGUUGUGAGAGCCCGUGGGGGAGUCCAAUGAGGGCCCCGGCCUGCAUGGAGGAACACCUGGGAGCAGUGAGGUACCGGGCAGAUGGAGCACUGCUGAUGGCAGCUUCGAGCCUAAACAGUCGCACUUGGGGAGGUUCCAUUUGGGUUUUUAAGGAUCCCCUGGGAGCCCCUAAUGAAAGCCUUUGUACAGCUGGAGUUCAGACAGAGUCUGGUGUAGUAGAUGUGGCCUGGGUCCUGGAGAAAGCCAUCCUCGUAGCUUCAGAUUGUGGUGCAGUGGAGCUAUGGGAGUUGCUGGAUAAUGAAUCUCUGCUUGUUAAUAAAUUCACCAAAUAUGAACAUGAUGAUAUCGUCACAUCUCUGAAUGUCUUCACUGGUGGUUCCCAGGCUGUUAGUGGGAGCAAAGAUUUCAGUGUAAAGGUUUGGGAUCUAACUCAGAAAAUUCCCUUGAAUUCCUAUAAAGCACAUUCCGGCUUUGUCAACUGUGUGUCUACCUGCCCUGGAAAAGAAACAAUAUUUCUUUCCUGCAGUGAGGAUGGCAGAGUAUUGCUAUGGGACACCAGAAACGCUAAACCUGCAAAGCGUAUUGAUUUUUGCGCCUCACACAGCAUUCCCACUUCUGUUACGUGGCACCCUGUCCAAGAUGAUACAUUUGCUUGUGGUGAUGAGAAUGGAAAUGUUUACAUCGUAAAUUUGAAGAAUUCAGAUUCAGCCCAGGCAGUGGCCAUACAUUCCAGACCAAUUACAGGACUGGCCUAUUCCAAACACAGCUCUCCAUUGCUGGCUUCAAUCAGUGAAGAUUGCUCAGUUGUGGUCCUCGAUUCUGAAUCUUCAGUAAUCUUUAAAGAUGAAUCUCACCGAGAUUUUGUAACCGGUGUGGCAUGGUCACCAGUCAAUCUUGGUAGUUUGACAACAGUGGGUUGGGACCACAAAGUUCUUCAUCACAGCAUCCAAAAGGAGAAGAAUCCAGAGCCCAAGGCUGAGGAACAAGCCUAAUGGUUAUACAUUCAGAGUGUACAGCUGUUACUGAUGAAUUUAAAUCUUAGUACUGUAUACUUUCAAUAUUUAGAUUACAGAUCUAGGUCUGGUCUACAAGUGUGCGCAGGUUUGUUUCACUUUUUGCCAUAUUGGCAGAGAAUGGAUCAAGAAAAUGUAUAGCGCACCACCCAUGUUUUUGUUUAUUGGUUAUCCUGCGCAUUAAAGGAGUUUAACAGUAUUUUCAUAGUCUGUUCCCUGCGCCUUACUUUUCUGUUUAGUAAUGUUCCAUAUUCACCCACAUUUUGUAUGUUGCAGCAGAACACUGUUCAUGUUGGUGGACUAAAAUCUAUCUUCCUCACAUUUCUUAACAAAGAAUUAAGAUGAAAAACACCGGUUUCACCAACAGGUGUCACUGCAGUCAGAGUUAUGGAAGUGAGAUUUCUGAAACCAUUGGGUUAUGGUCAUCUAAGCAGCUAGCAGAUGUUUCAAAAUCCUGUAACUAUACCUUAACAAUGAUCGUUUUCUGUUUAACUGCACUUACAUGUAUUGUUUUGGAAUUUAGACAGUGGUUAUUUAUCGUAUUUUCUUUUUUUCUUUAUAUUGUCAUUUGUAAGCAUUUAAUUUUGUGUUUACUGUAGUAACGUUUUGGAAAGUAAAAUAAUAAAGGUCAGUACCACCUACUAGCUCAGAACACAUUUUCCUUGA